GGUAAUAUGUUAUUCGGUGUAAACAAAUGGAGGUUGGUUGAGUCGAAACGAAAAUGGCAGAAAGGAAAUACGAUCUAGCCCUUGUCAAUACGCUAACAGACAAAAAAGUUCGACUGCAUCCAUGGUAUAAAGAAAGAUUACAGACAAAGCACAUCAAAUCUUUGAAGCCAGCUGAUACUUCAAAAUGUUUGAUGGGAAAAGAUUGGCUAUUCCUGAAGGAUGGUUUAGAUGAUUUUAGAGAUGGCUUGCCACCGCCAGUUCAAGGAGACGUUUUUAUAAAGGGAAGUAAAGGCCCUGGACCAAAUGUAAAACACAGUAGCGAAAAUGCCAAGGUAGUUAAACAACCAGCCGUGAGGAAUAGAUUUAGUAAACAUCAGAUAUGUUACUCGAGGCUGACACCUCUACAGCAACAACGCAGGGACCAUAUUGAUGAAAUUGAGUACGGCCUAACUCAGCAUCCCUUGGCUCUGUACCCACAUCUGGAAGAGAGUGUUAACCCAGAGCUUUUUGAGGACAUUGUGGACAUCCUUGACCCCGAGAUGAACCUAGACUCAGAAGUUGGUUCAUUGGAAGAUUACGAUGAUGAGGAGGAAGAAACACAAAAGUCAGAUGAUGAAGAAGAUAAAUCGCCAGAGGCUGAUUUAGACAAAGCACCUGAGACAGAUGAAAACGUGGUGAGGAAUCCUUACCGAUGGCUUCCUCGUAAGGAAGAAAAAGAAAAGAAAGAUAAGAAGAAGUCAACAGACCGUGGUGGACAAGGGUCCCCUUCUAGAGGCGAGCACAUACAGAAAGUAACCAAGGAGUUCUGUGAUUGGGUGGCCAGUCUAGGAGGGGAGGAGAAUAACAUCGAGGAAUCGACCAUCACAAGUCUAUUUGCAAGUGGUUACGAGACCAAACCUGCCCUGUCCGUGCCGAUUCAUGUUGUUGAGCUUACGAACGUUCCUCAGGACCUCCGUAGUACAGCUCCUGGAGCACAGACACAGCAGACUAACAAAAAUAUACCUCCUCCGGAGAUAAAGAAAGAAAACUGGAGCUACACAGGAAAAUAUGAACCAAGUUGGGUAAAAUUCAAAUACGGUUCUUGGUAUUUGGACCCAAAAACUUGGAAGAUGAGAAACUUUACAGACCCACUUAUGGACCCUAAGGAGAUUAAAGAUAAAGAGAUGUCCGAGGCUAAGAAGAGGAGUAAAGAGCUGAAUCAAGAAAUAUCCAUCUCACAUGGAGCUAAGGCGUUUACGGAAUUUAUGAACCGGAGAGAUGAUCGCAAACCAGAGUUUUUAGUAGAAGUUGAAGAUAUUCAACAGAAAGCUGCCGAAGAAGAAGCCAGGAAGUUAGAGGCCGAGCUAGCGGCUAAGAACAAGACAUUUUUAUAUCGAAAGAAGGCUGAUGCUGUAGAAGCGACAUAGUUAAUGUUGUAAUAUUACGUUAAUAUCCGAGGAGCUGGUCAAGUAGACCGAAUGAAGAACCAGGAACAACACUUCAAGAUGUUUUGUUAUUCAAUAUUCCGUCCAUUUUUUCAGGCAACCCUGGAGUAAUUGUAUUAUUGAAAUUUUCUACUAUUUUACCAACUAGUCUACCAGUUCCUCUGAAGUUGCAGGUAAAUUAUAUAUUUAAGAAUCAAUGUUUAGAAUAAUUGUUUUAAAAUUAUUCAUGUUUAUGUUUAGUGAUUUGAAAUUAAAAACCGAGUGCCAGUCAUUUGGCUAGACAUUCAGAUCAUGAAAUUUAUAUAGAAUGAAAAUGAGUACAGCUAUUUAACUCUACUCUGAUAUUUCUGUUAUAAUGUAUAGAAGUGAUAUACAUUUUUGUUUAUGUCCAUUUGGGAAUAGAGCAGCAAUGUUACUUGCAUGUAAAAGUUGGUUGAAAAUAAAACCGUUUUCUCCACUGCUACACUGUUUAUAAAACAUAAUUUUUAUGAAUUAAUUGUGAAAUGUUGUACUGCUGUAUUUUACAUAUUAUGGAAAAUAUUUGUCAUUCAGUAAAAGUGCACCAAAAUAUUCACUUUUUUUUUUGUACAAUGGUCAUGCUAUGAAAUGAUUAUCAAGUCUGUCAGUUUAAAAUGUUUUUUUAAUCUGUUUUGAUUGUCUGUCCUGUAUUAAAUGUACAUUGUAUAUCCUGAAAGACAGACAUGGAAAAAUAACAUUGACCUUAAUUUUGUAUAUUUACUAGGACAGAGUGAUAAUUGCUAAUAACCAAAGUAAAACAAUCUGAAAAAGCAAAAUACACAUGCUUUGACUUCCAAAACAAAAAUGAUUGGCCUCAGAAAUAAUACAAAAUAAAAAUGGCAUAUUGAAAAAAGAAUAUUAAUAAUGAAAUAAAAUAAGAAUGAUUGUAAUGCCAUCCCCAGGAAGGAGAUUAUCAAACAUGUAAAGAAUGUUAUUAUUUCCACUCUGAAUAAAUGUGUUUAUUUCAAAACAGCCAAAUUUAUGCACAUUUUGCAGACAUAGAAAGCUCUCACAAUCUGAUGUACCAGAGUUAUUUCCCUUGUUUCUUCUCUGUCGGAUGUUAUACAAAAGCGAUAAUAUACAGUACAGUAUAUAAAUGCUUUGUUCGCUGUGGUCCUUAUAACUGUCACAAAUUAACAUUGAUAAAUAAGAUAUAUUGUGAAACUUGUGAAACAGCCAGUACCUUAAAGAAAAAAACCCAUAUUUACCGGAACAUAAGUAUAUUCUCUAAAAUGGAAAGUGUCUUAUGAAAGUCCUAUAUAAUUGUGGGAUCGCAUGUUGUUGUGAACCAUACCUCCAUUUUAUGUGGUAACGCUAUUUUUUAACGUUUAAUACAAUAUUUUAUUAUGGUAUAUUCCACAUCAAGUGGAUUUACACUUUACACGCUGUGAUUUAAUUAAUCUGUAAAUGGGAACAUUUUAGUUCGCUUUAAUUUUGCCUUGUGCUAUAGGUAGAUAUUUCAUUUUAAGGUAGAAAAUCCUCACACAUUGUUUUAACUCCAUCCAAGGAGAAUUCCAGUUUUGUUGCAGUAAUUUUUUUUCUUAUAAAGACUUUUCCUUCAAAUUUACUCAUACGUAUUGGAAUAUUCAUAAUAAUUUCCUUUUUUUGAAUGAGGAAAAAUGUUUCCCACUUCAAAGAUUUAAAUCCUUGAUCUGUAUGCAUUAGCGGUAAUUUUUGUAUUAUAAAAGAUUUCAAGAUGUUCGAGGCUUGCAAGCUAUCUUUGUAUCAAGUAUGCAUCGGAAAUAUGGUGGGAUUAUCUACCUUAAGAUUGAAAACGGUGAAAAAGAAGCUGAAAAUGUCCCUAUUUACAGUAUAAUAUUGUAUGUUACAAAUAUGUUAUGAUGAUGUUUAGUUUCGCUGAGCAUCAAUAAAUGUUAACAAAAGCACAAA